AUGGUCCGUGAACUCAAGCACCACGAGAAGAAACUUCUCCGGAAGGUCGACUUCCACAACUACAAGUCGGACGGCAACCACCGCGAACAUGAAAUCCGGCAAAGAUACCUCCUCCAAGACCCAAUGGACUACCGCAAAUACAACGCGCUCUGCGGUUCUCUGCGCCAGCUCGCACACAAGCUCUCCCAACUGGAUCCGGAUGCGGAUCCGCUGCGCAAGAAGCUCGAAUCCGAGCUGCUGGAGAAGCUGUGGCGCAUGGGAAUCCUGAAGCAGUCCCGUGAGCAGGGCGCUGGUCUCUCCAAGGUCGAGCGCGAGGUUACAGUUUCUGCGCUGUGCCGUCGCCGAUUGGCUGUCUUCAUGGUGCGCUCUGGCAUGGUUGAGACUAUUAAGGCUGGCCAUGUCCGUGUUGGUACAGAGGUCGUCAAUGAUCCCGCUUUCUUGGUUACCCGCAACAUGGAGGAUUUCGUCACCUGGGUUGAUUCCAGUAAGAUCAAGCGCAACAUCUUGCGUUACCGUGAGAAGUUGGAUGACUUCGAUCUUCUGUGA